GUCAACAGGAGAGAAGAAGAAAAAAAUCAACAAUCGCAAAAUUUUCACACGCAAGCAAAACGUCUCAGGACGUGUCCCGAUGUUUCGCUGCGAUUGAUUGCUGUCGGAAAUUCGCGCAACAGAACCAGGUAAACCCGUCAAUUCUACACCCGUCGCAGCCGAUUCCUCCCGUCGCACCACGUACCAGAGACGCAGAAAGUUCGUUCGGUUCCCCCGGGGAAGGCAUCCAGGCGCGAUGAAGAUCCACUUCCGCGAGCAGUACGGCUCCACCGGGGAGGAGAUUCUCUACGUGACCCCGGACAACCAGGACUCGGUGGUCCGGGUGACGGUGAAGGGCGAGCGGCCCAAGCUCCGGAAGCGGCUCAGCUUGAAGCGGUUCUUCCAGAAUCUGUUCCUGCCGGCGGGCUACCCGGACAGCGUGAGCAGCGACUACCUGGCGUACCAAAAGUGGGACACCGUGCAGGCCUUUUGCAGUACCAUCAGUGGCACCCUCACGACGCACGCCAUUCUCAAGGGUGUUGGAGUGGGCAGUGACGUCGCGAAUCCACUGUCGGCAACGAUCACCUGGGUACUGAAGGACGGCAUGGGACACUUUGGACGGAUUCUUUUCGCCUGGUGGAAGGGGACGGAACUGGACAUCGACUCGAAGAAGUGGCGUAUCCGGGCUGACAUCCUGAACGAUAUUGCGAUGGGCGUCGAUCUGUUCGUGUUGCCGCUGUAUCCGAAGGUUUCGACGUACAUCCUGUGCGCCACCAGUACGAUGAAGGCGAUUGUCGGUGUGGCUGGAGGUGCUACGAGGUCCGCCUUAACGCAGCACCACGCUCUCCGGGGUAAUCUGGCGGACGUGGCUUCAAAAGAUAGCGCCCAGGAAACUUGCGUAAAUUUGAUUGCGUCCUUCGUUGGGUUGGGUUUGCUUACGCACGUGCAGAAUCAGAGAGUUUUAUACGGUCUGUUCCUGUUCGUAACGCUGCUGCACAUCUACGCCAACAUCAAAGCCGUCAAGGCGGUCUGUCUGCGCACCUUCAACGAGGCCCGCUAUCUGAUCGCGCUGGAAGAGUACUUCAAGUCCGGCACGAUGCUCUCGCCCCAGCAGGUCAACAAGCUGGAACGGGUCACCAUCGGGCAGACGGUUUCGCUAACCGCUCGCGUCAAAAUCGGCUGCUCGGCGCGCGAGCUGGCCCAGUACUACCGCAACUGUUACGACCUGGAGAACGUGAUCGCCUGUUUCGACUCGCGGGAAAAGUUUCUGCUCGCGGAAACCCGCCACUACGUCGGAGUGUACCUGCACUUCACCGUGAAACCGCUGGACAUUAUCAAGUCGUACUUUUACGUGGCCUCGUACCUGCAGGACAAGAGCCAGCUGCGCGAUCGCUUCUGGGAGACCCAGAACAAGUGGAACGAAUUCCUCAGCAUGGCCCAGCGCGAGGGCUGGAACGUGCAGGCCCAUCUGCUCAAAACCGACGAGUACCGGCUGGACUGGAGGAUAUAAGCUGGACAGGGUCAAGGCACUUUUGCGGCACACCUCGUCCGGUAAGUAUUUUAACUCAGCACUUUUAGCGUGUAUCAGAAACAAAACCUAGCGUUUAGAGAAUCUGGCAAGUGUGGUCAAGUUGCGCAAUUUUACCAAAUCAUUCAAAACCUUCCAUUUUUUAAAACGAACAAAUUAAAACAGCAAAAAGAGAAAACGACUAUUAGGGUGCCAAACAAGCAAUCUAGUCUCAAUUUAAACAAACGCAACCGCGCAACCAUAUUUCGGACCAAACCAGCAAGGAAGUUCAAACCGAAAAUUUAAACAAAGGGAAAUUUAAGCGUAAAUGAAACAUCGAACGUUUUAGCGAGUAAGUGAACUAGAAAACCAAAACAAAAGUAACCAACACGUGUCCGCACCACCUGUGAAGCGAUCAGUCCGACAACAAUUUAAAAAAACCGUUAGCUAUUAACAAUUUAGCGAUGAAUCACUCUAUCGUAGCGUAUAGAAGUACUAUUUUUCUACACAUUCCCAGAAAAUAAAGAAAACCCUGUUAGUGAGAGAUAGAAGAGUUCAUAAUCUACGGUAGCCAUAGUUUGGAGUUGUCCCUGGCGGCUCUUCUCCUGAUGAGAACAUCACACUUCGUACAGUCAUAUCAUGAUGGACGGAAUCUGCGCGAAAUCGAUCUAUUCGUUGUUAUCAUUUCAAUCCCCUAAUGGAAAACAUUAAAUUCUGAACCAGCACUUCUGGAACAGAAUUCUGUUAGAUGUUCUAAAACAACUAUUUUUCUACGUCAUCCAUGUGAAAAAAGAUGCUCGCUUUGACCCGAUCAUCACUUUAGAUGCAACCGUCAGUUGACACACACGAAGUUUACUCGAAAGAAUGUCGAACUCAACACUCCAACUCUCUUUCUCUUUUCCCUAUCUCUUUCUUGCUUGUGUGGUCCCCGUACUGCAGAAUUCUGCAACAAAAGUUACUUUACGAACAGCAAAACUAAGGAAAGGGGACGAUUUCUUGGAGCUUUUCUUCACCCUCUCUGGCUUGCUUUCGCUGCCGCUGCUGCCCAUUUGAAAUUUUGCUUGACCGGUUCCUUCGGAAGUGCGUAUACCGCAGUACUUCUGCAAUGAGAGAGGCUGAAGUUGCAACAAAACCUUGACCAAAACCUUCCCGUACUUUUCUUAUGUAAAAUCGCUUUCCCUUUUCUUGCUCCAUUGCAGAACUGCUGCAAAAUAGAAGGUUGCAGAAAAGUACAUUGGAUGUAUCAAAAUUAGUGGCCAAAUCGAAUUUCUGUCAAUGUCACCCCGGCCUAGUAAAGUCACCCCAGUUUACGGUACGCACAAUUCUGUAGAAAUUUUUUUUUUUGCGGGUACGGGAAUAGAACAGAAAUUGGGUGCUAGUGUGCGUGAGC